AUGUCAAGCAUGCGUACUCCGUCCAAGUCCAAAAAGAGCCCCUUCCUAGACUACAUGCUUCGAGAAGACUUGCAGACCGACGGUUCUCCCUGUAGCGAAGCGAAGCACAAGAUGCAUCGACUAGCGCGCGAUCUAGAGCUCAACGAGUCGAUGUGCGACGAGAACGAUUCGGACUAUAAAGAAGAGGGGUCAAGCAAGAGAAAGAAGAGCAAGAAGACGCAUAGCGAAGCAGGCUCGAGAACCAUGAGCAAACGUAGCGGUGGUGAGAUUUUUGGCAAGGAAAAGGUCAAGAGGGAGGAGGUUCGGCAUGCGGCUACUGCUGCUGCUGCUGCUGCUAGGUACGCCAGAAUGGCCGAUUCGCAAAGCGAGGAUGAAGCACCUGCACUUCGCAUCAAGAAGGAGCCCAUUUCGCCCGAGAAAGAGCGCAUACAGGUCGUCGUGCCAUCCAGCAGCGCCAAAGGUAGUCCUUCAAAAGGCAACAAGAAUCCUUGGACCGUCGAGGAAGAGCUGAGGUUGCAGAGGAGUGUGUACGAUCUUGCCUUGAAGAACAUACCCGAGGUUCACAAAGCGUCAGGAUUGUCGAGCAAGCCCAAUUGGAGUGUGAACAAGAAGCUCAAUGCGCUGAGAGCUAGACUGGGUUGA